UAUAUUAUUGAUAACUCAUAAAUUAUUAAUAAAUAAAAAAUUUUAAACUCAUAUUAAAUUAUUAAUACAUAGUUCACGUUAAUUGACAAGUCAUAGACCGAGCGAAACCUAUUUUUAGCCCAGCGCUCUUCUUGCCCUAGCUGAGCUCUUCAAGUACUCAGAUAAUCUUAAUUUGAAAUCACAAGCUGCACGAAAUGAAGGGAGGAAGAAAGAAUUUGAAAAGGGCAAGUGAAGGUAAGGAUACAGUUACUCUUCUUCCGGGCCAAACAAUUAUGCAAGUCCUGUCCCUUAGAGGUUCCAAUCUCAUUGAGGUAUUGGAUGCAAAAGGAAGCACUUCACUGGCACUAUUUCCGGCUAAAUUUCAGAAGAGCAUGUGGAUUAAGACAGGUAAUUUUGUUGUGGUGGAUGAAAGUGGGAGAGAGGAGGCUGUAGAGUCUGGCAGGAAAGUGGGCUGUAUAGUUUCUCAAGUUCUUUAUCAUGAACAAGUUCGUGCACUUAAAAAAUCUCCUGAAUGGCCGGAGACCUUCAGGUCAGCAAGCCCAGAGGUACCUGUUAAAGUACCAAGUACUUGUGAUUUGUUGCAGGAAGACAAUGAGAUGGACUCGAGUGAUGAUGGGCUCCCCCCAUUAGAAGCUAACAUGAACAGAACUAGACCUGCAGAGUUGCAGUCUGACGCAGACUCGGAUUCGGAUUCGGAUGCAACUCCUUAGAAGCCAUAGAUUCUGCAGAAACUUGAAGUGUUAUGGCUGGAGCAGAAGUUAUGACAGUCUUGAGUAAAUCGGAUGGAUUCACAUGCAAGGAAGGCUCGAAUUCAUGUUUUCUAGCUGAAUUAGGUUAACUAGCUUCUUGGCUUAGGCCCUCUAUAUGGUUUGUAUUGAACUUUCUGGGUUGAAACAUAGGAUUUCGGUAGAUGCCCCAAUUUAUAAGAGGAAAGUAGCUACCGUAAUGGUAUGUUAUAUUUAAUGGAUCGGACUCAAACUGUGAACUUGUAUCCCUAGUGCUGUAUUAUCAGCCAAAUCGACAGAAAUUCAUAUUAUUGUAAUUUUUCUAAUAUUCAAAUAUCUACGUUUUUAUCUA